AUGUUCACUAGAUCAUUAUAUUUUCUUUCUAGCAUAGGCCUGGCAGCUUGUGCGACUGUUGUGUUUGAUGGUAGAGUCCCGGCGACAGUAGCAGUUGCGGAUUUCGACUCGAAGACCGGGAUUUUCGAUCCAGAGUUCACAAAGGGACAAAAUGUGGCGUUCAGUGAAGUAGUCCGCCUUGACGGGGGAGACGCAUCUCUGUUCGACACAGCCGUCAACGCCCAGCCCGUUGAAGUCACUGUCAAUGAUGAUUCCAUAUUCGCCCCAGGAGGCGCAAACCCGCAAACCGCGGUCCGCCGUGCAGAACUCAUGCCCAACCCCGCAAACAACAACGCCAACGACACCUCUUCAGGUGUCAAAACGCUACAUUUCUCCAUCAAGCCCAGUGCCGAUCGGCCGUUGAACAUCAGUCACGAGUACCUGAUGGUGUUUAUGGAGCGAGCGGACUUUGGCGCGAAUCUGAUUGCGCUGAAGACGGGGACGCUGAUUGGCAGUGACGGCGCAACAAAGAACGAUUUGCUGCUAUUGGGAAACAGCGCCGAUGGCGUUAACGUGCUGUUUCAAACACCGUUUACUGAGGGAGAAUUUACGAAUUUCGCGCUGAAGAUGGAUUUUGUGAAGAAGUGA